GGUGGCCGCGGUCGUGCAAUCCGGGGACGUGUCCGGCUACUCUGUAACUUCGGUCGGUGCCCAGGGAGUGGAGCAGCUGCCUCAUUAGUAUUCGUACCCACGAGGCGGCGCAGCGAGCCCUCCGGGGGAGCGAGUGUCGCGGCAAUGGCUUAUCAUUCAGGCUACGGAGUUCACGCAAACCUACUCACUCUCCAAGGCUCAGUUCAGAGAUCACUUCCCUUGAGAAGCCCCCAGGAACCCCCAGGCUCCAAGCACAGGGCCCGGGCAGCUCCAGAUCCUCCUCCCCUCUUCGAUGAUACAAGCGGUGGUUACUCCAGCCAGCCAGGGGGAUACCCAGUCCCAGGAGCUGAUGUGGCCUUCAAUGUCAACCACUUGUUUGGGGACCCAAUGGCCAACGUGGCUAUGGCCUAUGGCAGUUCCAUCGCAUCCCAUGGGAAGGACAUGGUGCACAAGGAGCUGCACCGUUUUGUGUCUGUCAACAAACUCAAGUAUUUUUUUGCUGUGGACACAGCCUAUGUGGCCAAGAAGCUAGGGCUACUGGUCUUCCCCUACACACACCAGAAUUGGGAAGUGCAGUACAGUCGUGACGUCCCUCUGCCCCCACGACAAGACCUCAACGCCCCUGACCUCUAUAUUCCCACAAUGGCCUUCAUCACCUAUGUGUUGCUGGCUGGGAUGGCACUGGGGAUUCAGAAAAGGUUCUCCCCAGAGGUGCUGGGCCUGUGUGCAAGCACAGCGCUGGUGUGGAUCGUGCUGGAGGUGCUAGCCCUGCUCCUGGGUGUCUACCUGGCCACCGUGCGCAGUGACCUGAGCACCUUCCACCUGCUGGCCUACAGUGGCUACAAAUAUGUCGGGAUGAUCCUCAGUGUGCUCACAGGGCUGCUCUUUGGCAGCGAUGGCUACUACGUGGCACUGGCCUGGACUUCAUCGGCACUCAUGUACUUCAUCGUGCGCUCUUUGCGAACAGCGGCCCUGGGCCCCGACAGCAUGGGGGACCCGGCCCCCCGGCAGCGUCUCCAGCUCUACCUGACUCUGGGAGCUGCAGCCUUCCAGCCCCUCAUCAUAUACUGGCUGACUUUCCACCUGGUCCGGUGACCCCUGGCCCCCACUGGCACUGAUUUUUCCAUACAUUGAAGAUUUGAUUUCCUUGA